AUGUCUUCUUUUACACCAAUCAACGCUCGGCAGGUGGAAGAGAAGAAGCGCGCUCGAGCCAGACAAUGCUACUGGUGCGUUGUCAUGAAGCCUUUGGAGGAGCUCUGCACGCACCGGGAUAAUCCAGACGAGCAGUGCUGUUGCGAUGACUACGAGAUCAAGCGCAGCAAAGAGGAGGAAUCUGCGGUUCAGGCAGAGACGGAAGACACUGUCGGGGCAGAGCAUGAAGCUCCUGCUCAAGCGACCGCGGAGCGACCCAUUGUCAAGGAAAGGGCCCGCGGCAAGGCCAACAAUAAGAAGACGUGCUCCAGGUGCAACGGCAAGAAGUACAACAUGAGCAACUUCGCGGACCACAUCAAGGUCCACGCCCUGGAAGAAAACGGGGAAAUGCAGCUUCAAUGGGCUCAAGACGAAGCCGCGUGA